AUACUGUGACUCCAAUACUAGCGAGUCACUUGUUCCCGUCCCCUGUGCCUGUACCCGGCGAUGAUGGGAGGAGGAGCGGUCAUGGCGCUGGUGGCGGAUGAUGGCAUCCGCGAGAAGGGCUUCUUCGGGUUCGGAGGAGACUGCUUCGUUGGGGAGGGCAACCUCGUGAACCCGGCGCCGGUGCGGGUGCACGAGGAGAGCUUCCCCGACGACGAGAGCGACGACGACGUGGACGGCAUCGAGGAGCUGGAGCGCCGCAUGUGGCGCGACCGCGCGCGGCUCAGGCGCCUCAAGGAACUCCAGCUAAGCCGCGGCGCCGCCAAGGAGAACGCUGGCGACGCGGCGAGGCAGCAGCAGCAGCGGCAGUCGCAGGAGCAGGCGCGGCGCAAGAAGAUGUCGCGCGCGCAGGACGGCAUCCUCAAGUACAUGUUCAAGAUGAUGGAGGUGUGCAACGCGCAGGGGUUCGUCUACGGCAUCAUCCCGGAGAACGGCAAGCCGGUGACCGGCGCCUCCGACAACCUCCGCGCCUGGUGGAAGGAGAAGGUCCGCUUCGACCGCAACGGGCCAGCGGCCGUCGCCAAGUUCCAGGCCGACAGCGCCGCGCCGGGAGGCGGCGGCGAGGCCGGGGCCGCGCCGGGGACGGGGCCGCACUCCCUGCACUCCCUGCAGGACACCACGCUGGGGUCGCUGCUCUCGGCGCUCAUGCAGCACUGCGACCCGCCACAACGCCGGUACCCGCUCGAGAAGGGCGUGCCGCCUCCGUGGUGGCCGAAUGGCACCGAGGCGUGGUGGCCCGAGGCCGGCGUGCCCAGGGAGCUGGGCCCGCCGCCGUACAAGAAGCCGCACGACCUCAAGAAGGCGUGGAAGGUCGCCGUGCUCACCGCCGUCAUCAAGCGCAUGUCUCCCGUCGUCGACAAGGUCCGCCGCUUCGUCCGGCAAUCCAAGUGCCUGCAGGACAAGAUGACCGCCAGGGAGAUUGUCACGUGGCUCGCCGUACUCAAGCAGCAGGAGGAGCUCUACCUCAAACUGCACCCCGGCGCCCGGCGCCCGCCAUCCUCCGCCGCCGGAGCGCUCUCAUUCAACGCCAGAUCCGGCGAGUACGAUGUCGACGGAGUCGACGGCUAUGAGGCCGGGAACCAGAAGCAACCCUCCGGCGACGUAGCAGCGUUCGCGGACCUUACUAUGGACGCUACGGGCAACAGGUUCCUCAUGCCGGCGGCGCUGAUGAAGGAAGAGACCGCCGACGUCGAGUUCCUCCAGAAGAGGAGCGCGCCGGCCGCUGUUGAGCCAGAGCUGAUGCUGAACAACAACACCCGCGCGUACACGUGCGGCAACACGCAGUGUCCGCACAGCAGCAGCGCGAACGGAUUCCUCGACCGCAACGCGCGCAACGCCCAUCAGUACAACUGCGAGUCCAACAGCGUCGCCGUGCCGCCGAGCGCCGCCGAGAACAAGGUGGCGCCGUCCGUCCUACCGACGACGUACGAUCCGCCCAGUCAAGUGCUCGGCGGAUUGGACUACGACCUGCCCGUCGACGGCCAGAGGUCGCUCGCCGAGCUGAUGGACAUGUACGAGGCCAACGUGGGCGCGCACAGGAGCCUAAGCAACGUCGACACCGUCGCUCCGAGCAUGCAGAUGCCCGGCAACUUCCUGACGCCAUUCCUAUUUGGCGAUGUGAUCAACAACAUGAUGCAGCAGCAGCAGAGAGCGGCGUUCUUCACCCGUGACGAUGCGCCGUUCGGAGGCGACAUCGCCGUUGCGUCCACGCCGGAGUUCAGUUUUAACGUGCCAGGAGGCACCGCAAAUUAUGGCGGCGCAUCGCAGCAGCAGAAGUCCGCAGGAUCCAAUUGGUUGUACUGAGUACUGAAGAAUAUGGGUGAAAUUUUUUACCUAUACUUCUGUAAAAUGUACGAG